GCACUCCACAGUGUUGUUGACAUGUCACCGAUGGAGCAGCGCUGGUGGCUUGCCGCCGCGAUGCCCGGACGACCACUGGGACGCUUUCGGACGCUACCGCUACGCUUGCAGCGAUUCAGGACGCCGAGUCACGACUGCCGCUUGUUAUCCGUGCUAUUGGAUCCGAGCGACCGGCGCACCACGGCAGACAAAGAGCGUAUCCGAGCGCUCGUGCUGCAUCGAGUCAUGAGCACGACACCACCCAACGAUUCCGACCAACAGAAGAAGCAACACGAGCUUGAAGCGAAGACAGCUGCCCGGAUUCUGAAGCAGAAGCUAAAGAAGGACAUGGAGACAGCCAGGAGCCUCGCCAUGCAUCAAGUAGUGAACGUGCCGAACGUUAUUACCGCAGCGCGGAUCCUAGCCACUCCCUAUCUAGCACAUUUGAUCAUCCAAGGAGACUACGUCUCAGCUAUCGGCUUGCUGGCAGUGGCAGGCGUGUCUGACUGGCUGGACGGCUUCAUCGCGAGGACGUUCCACCAGGAGUCGAUCGUCGGCUCAUUCCUAGACCCCUUCGCAGACAAAUUGUUGAUCGGUACCUUGUCACUCAGUAUGAUGUGGACGGGGUUGCUGCCGUUGCCCUUAGCAGCUCUAAUUCUGGGUCGAGAUGGUAUGUUAAUUGGUGGUACGUUCUACCACCGACUGAAAACCAAGGACGAGUCCUCGGGGUUCUUUGAUACAUCAGACAGCGGGGCCUUCCAGGUGAAGCCGUCGAUGCUCAGUAAGGUGAACACGGCGCUGCAGCUGUCAGCCUUCGGGCUUACACUGACGAACGCAGCCUGGCAGAUUCCCCCGGACCCGGCACUCAGUCUUCUUUUUGGUGUCGUUGGUACCACGACCUUCCUGUCCGGAUCCGAGUAUCUCCCCUCCCAAAAGCUGUUGAGCGGCCACUUCGCAAAGCAGUGGAGCGAACAGAAGCCGUUAUAG